AUGUUGCUGGCAGCAGCAACUGCUGAAGGGACCGUAGAUUUCUAUGAGAUGCAAGGAGGACCGAUCGCCUCUGCACCACCGAAUUUGUCUCUGCUAACCCGCAUUCCCUUUCCUUCCUCUGAUCCUGCCGAGCCUGAUGCCAAACCUCCCAUGUGCCUCGCGUUGGAUUGGUGGUCGGCUGGGGAAUCCGAGCGAAGAAGCGGGAGCCGGGAGGAGCAGACGGCAGACUCAGAGGAGAGCGGGACCAGGGAGACUGACAGGGAGGGAGCGGAAGAGAGAAGGAAAGAAUGGGGUGUAAGGAGGGAUCGGAUUGCUGUGAGUCGUUCGGAUGGAUCGUUGGCGGUGGCACUGCAGGGAGAGGGUGGUGUGUGGUUGGCUGAGCACGCAUGGCCAGCACACGAGUUUGAAGCGUGGACCUGCUGCUUCAACAUCUGGAACCCUGAGGUACUUUACUCAGGUGGCGAUGAUUGUGCCAUGUGUGCUUGGGACCUCCGCACACACAUCCCCUCAUCCCCCUCCUCAUCUCCGCGCUCUCCAUCCUCCUCGCGGCCUGCAUGGCGUAACAUCAAGGCACAUCGAGCCGGAGUCACGUCUCUCCGCUGCUCUCCACACUCUCCGCAUCUCCUCGCGUCCGGGAGUUAUGACGAGGCGGUCAACUGCUGCUCCAGAGACACCACUGUCUGUUGUGACAAGAUGUGGGGAAGGUUUGGAGGUGGAAAAUCUGUACCUGGGAGAAUAAAGCUCAGCCGGGGUGAGCCUCAGCAAGCCAUAAGUCCGACGAGUGCUGUGAGGGCACGCGAGGGUCCUGAAAUUGAUGCCGCCGAAAUUCUUAGACCCUCUAAUGAGGAGAGACAGCUAGCUUCAAAAUCUAGGAUACAAGAGGCUUCUCCACCCGUUGCGGAAAUGGCUCCAGCCGUAGUAGAGCCAAUGCCGGAGUCAAGAUCCCUGGAUACUGCUAGGGUUGCCAAAUUCAGAAAGGAACUUUCUGCUCCUGCAGUUGACCUAGAUGCUCUUCGGGAGAUUUCUUGGAGUGGCGUACCUCCCAAUUUAAGACCAACUGUCUGGCGUCUUUUACUGGGAUACGCACCGCCAAACGCAGAUAGAAGAGAGACAGUUCUGGCCAGGAAGCGCCAAGAGUACAGGGAGUGGGUUCCCCAGUAUUAUGACAUUCCAAAUGAAGACCGCAGUGAUGACGAAAUCCAUACACUUCGCCAGAUUUCUGUAGAUUGCCCGAGAACUGUUCCAGAUGUCCCCUUCUUCCAGCAAACCUUGAUGCAGACAGCAAUUGAGCGUGUACUCUAUAUUUGGGCUAUACGCCACCCGGCCAGUGGAUAUGUUCAAGGAAUUAAUGACCUGCUGACGCCAUUCCUCACAGUGUUUCUUUCGGAGAUAUUUGAAGGAGACAUGGAUACCUGGGUAGUUUCAAAGCUUUCUGAAGAUACCCUUUUGCAAGUCGAGGCAGAUAGUUACUGGUGCCUGUCCAAGUUGCUUGACGGCAUCCAAGACCACUAUACUUUUGCUCAGCCAGGCAUCCAGCGCCUUGUUUUCCGCCUUAAGGAGCUUGUGAGAAGGAUUGAUGAGCCUGUUUCUCGGCACAUGGAAGAGAACCACUUGGAAUUUCUUCAGUUCGCGUUCCGGUGGUUCAAUUGCCUGUUAAUUCGUGAGAUUCCAUUUUCUAUUGUGGGAAGGUUGUGGGACACAUAUCUUUCAGAGGGUGAUGGUUUUGCAGAGUUCCUGGUUUACCUAUGUGCAAGUUUCCUCCUCACUUGGUCAGAACAACUUCAGCAGAUGGACUUCCAGGAAAUGUUCUCCGUGAUGGCUGAGACCAAGGAAACCUAUCAGGAGGAAGAGCUCGUAGAUUUCGAAGAGGAAGAAGAAGCCGCUCCCGAUGCCGGAGCUGCCAAAACGACAGAAGCGGCUAGGAAGGGGUAUGUCGGAAUCCAUAGCUCUGGUUUUCGUGACUUCCUCCUCAAGCCCGAGCUGCUUCGCGCUAUUGUGGACUGUGGUUUCGAACACCCAUCAGAAGUGCAACACGAGUGUAUUCCCCAAGCCAUUCUUGGAAUGGAUGUGAUCUGCCAAGCCAAGUCUGGUAUGGGGAAGACAGCUGUGUUUGUGCUGGCAACGCUUCAGCAGAUCGAACCAGUAGCUGGGGAGGUGUCUGCACUGGUUCUCUGCCACACCCGUGAACUCGCGUAUCAGAUCUGCAACGAGUUUCAGAGGUUCACCACGUACCUUCCGGAUGUCAAAGUCGCGGUCUUCUACGGUGGCGUGGCGAUCAAGACGCACAAGGAUAUGCUCAAGAACGAGUGCCCGCACAUUGUCGUCGGAACGCCUGGUCGUAUCCUCGAUCUUGCUCGGCAGAAGGAUCUGAACCUGAAGCACGUUCGCCACUUCAUUCUCGACGAAUGCGACAAGAUGCUGGAGUCGCUGGAUAUGCGGAGGGAUGUUCAGGAGAUCUUCAAGCUGACUCCUCACGACAAGCAGGUCAUGAUGUUCUCCGCGACGCUCAGCAAGGAGAUUCGCCCCGUCUGCAAGAAGUUUAUGACCGAUCCGAUGGAGAUCUACGUUGAUGACGAAACGAAGCUGACACUUCAUGGACUUGUUCAGCACUACAUUCAAUUGAAGGAGAAUGAGAAAAACAGAAAGCUGAACGACCUUCUUGAUGCUCUUGACUUCAACCAAGUCGUCAUUUUUGUCAAAUCAGUAAACCGUGCUGCUCAGCUGAACAAGCUUCUGGUGGAGUGUAACUUCCCUGCUAUCUGCAUUCAUUCUCAGAUGACACAGGAGGAGAGGCUGACCCGCUACAAGGCAUUCAAGGAGGGACACAAACGCAUUCUGGUGGCAACAGAUCUUGUGGGGCGUGGCAUUGACAUUGAGCGAGUCAAUAUUGUCAUCAACUACGACAUGCCUGAAAAUGCAGACACGUAUCUUCAUCGGGUUGGCCGUGCUGGUCGUUUUGGCACCAAGGGUCUAGCUAUUACUUUUGUGAGCUCAGAGGAGGAUUCAAAGAAACUGGAUCAGGUUCAGUCACGGUUUGAAGUUGACAUCAAGGCCUUGCCAGAGCAGAUUGACACGUCUACAUACAUGCCUUCUUAG